GACCCCGAGUCGCUGACGUCCGCCUGAUGACUGACUAUCUUCCUUCUCCGGCCGGGUAAAAGCAAAGGCAACGACUCCGCGUCCCGCUUCCCUUUCCCCCGUAAGAACCCACCGCACGGCGGACAUCACGAUCCCCACCGGCCGGCGUAGCGGAGAUCGCGAGUUACAACGGGGAAGCGAGGAAGCUCCCUCGAUCCCAUCCCACGCAGAUUCGUUUGGGUCGCGGUCGUGGUGAAUAAAUUGGUAGGUGGCAAGGGGAGAAGCGGCGAUGUCGGGCGUGUUCGGCAGGGUGUUCGGGAAGUCCAAGGCGCAGAGCCAGGCCACCGCGCUGGCCUCGCUCGACAAGCUCAACGAGACACUUGAAAUGUUGGAAAAGAAGGAAAACUUACUAGUGAAAAAGGCCAAUCUUGAGGUCGAGAAGGCCAAGAAUUUUACCAAAGCCAAGAAUAAAAGAGCCGCAAUACAGUGCUUGAAGAGGAAGAGGCUAUACGAGCAACAGAUUGAGCAGCUUGGAAAUUUCCAGCUCAGGAUACAUGAUCAGAUGAUUAUGCUGGAAGCCGCAAAAGCUACAACAGAGACCGUGGAUGCAUUGAGAACUGGAGCAUCGGCAAUGAAAGCUAUGCAUAAAUCAACAAAUAUUGACGAUGUUGAUAAAACCAUGGAUGAAAUCAAUGACAAUAUGGAGAACAUGAGACAAAUUCAGGAUCUGUUGUCAGCGCCUAUGGGAGCAGCAGCUGAUUUUGAUGAGGAUGAACUGGAAGCUGAACUUGCCGAUCUGGAGGGGGAGGAGUUGGAGGCAGAGCUGCUUGCACCUACCACAACAGCUCCGUCCACAGCUCCAGUGCGUGUACCUACUGCUCAGCAGUCCACUAGGCCAUCUGCCCAGAGUAGCAAAGCUGAAGAUGACGAGCUGGCAGCUCUACAAGCAGAAAUGGCUAUGUAAUUAUAGAUUACUAAGAUCUGCAGUUUCUCCAUCGCCAUAGGCCGUGUGGCCCCAAUCAGUCAUCAUUAGAAGACUUAUACAUUGCCUAUAAAAAAAAGGAGACUUAUACAUUGUAUAUUACAGGCAUUGGCAUGAUCAUCUUGGAUUCAGAUUCUGUGGAUAUCUCGGAACUCUGGUACAGUCAUGAGGGUCGUCCUAGGAAGACCGUCAGAAUUCAGAACCACAAAUACAAGCUGCAUACCAGCCUAGCUUCUUAUGUAUCAUAGCAUGAUAUGUUAGUGUUUUGUAAUGGAAUAUUUCAGAUGGGCUAAUAAACAUAUUUCUACUAAUAAAUUGGGUUAUGUCAGUAUUAUGUUCUUCAGGUUUUGCCA